CACUUUACGGGUAGUGUAGUUGUAGUGACCGGUUCCUCGUCGGGCAUCGGAGAAGGAAUCGUUAAACUGUUCUCAAUAUUAGGGGCUAAUGUUGUGGUCACCGGAAGGAAAGCACAGGACGUUCAACGAGUGGCCAAAGAGGUGCAGGAGUUGUCACCACUAAAACUGAAGCCAUUAGAAGUUGUGGGAGAUUUGACCAAAACUUCUGAUGUAAACAAUUUAAUCAAUUCUACGGUUCAAACGUUUGGCCGAUUGGAUGUAUUGGUCAAUAACGCCGGUAUAUAUCCGGAAUCACACAUAAAUCAAACGGACUUAUUGUCGGUUUGGGAUCAAAUAUUUGCAGUCGAUUUACGCGCUGUCGUAGAACUCAUCCAUCAAUCGGUUCCACAUCUGGAGAAGACUAACGGAACUAUUAUUGAUAUUUCAAGUAUCGCCGCAAUUGCACCGAUGAAAUCAUUGGCUUAUGCAUCGGCCAAAGCAGGUCUGGAUAUGUUGACCAAAAUAUUAGCCCUGGAAUUGGGGCCCAAAAAUAUUCGUGUAAACACUAUUAAUCCGGGUGUAACUCACGUGAGAGACCCAAUACAACCCUUUGAAGAGUAUGCGCCAAAAGUGACGCCAUUGGGAAGAGUGGGUCAACCCUUAGACAUCGCCCGUGCGGUCGCAUUCCUGGCCUCCACUGACGCCAACUUUAUUACCGGCGCUAAUGUUGUGGUCGACGGCGGACUCGUAUACAACGCGGACUAUCCUAUAGAGGACUAUAAGGCGGUCGCAAAAUCCCGUGAUUUUACGGGAAAAGUGAUUCUCGUGACCGGUUCCUCGUCGGGCAUCGGAGAGGGAAUCGUUAAACUGAAAGCACAGGACGUUCAACGAGUGGCCAAAGAGGUACAGGAGUUGUCGCCACUAAAAUUGAAGCCAUUAGAAGUUGUGGGAGAUUUGACCAAAACUUCUGAUGUAAACAAUUUAAUCGAUUCUACGGUCAAAACGUUUGGCAAAAUUGAUGUAUUGGUCAAUAACGCCGGUAUAUAUCCGCAAACAAACAUCACUCAAACGGACAUAUUGUCAGUUUGGGAUCAGAUAUUUGCACUCAAUUUACGCGCUGUCGUAGAACUCAUUCACCGAUCGGUUCCACAUCUGGAGAAAACCAACGGAACUAUUAUUGACAUAUCAAGUAUUGGCGCAAUUGCACCGUUCAAAGUUAACCUAGCUUAUGCAUCGGCCAAAGCA